GAAGGCAACAUGGUUUUGUUGACGUGGAAGCUGGUGGUCUUUGGUAUCCUGGCGGUGAGAUCUCAGGGCCGGGUGUCUUCAUGGCGCUAUAGCCGCUCUGAGGACUUCGCACCGGUCGAGCAGACGUAUUCAGAGACGCAGAGAGCGGAACGCUUUCAGGAGGUCCGGCGGGGCGACGAGAGAAGCGUUCAGCUGCGGCGGGGCGCGCGCACAGGUGCCGAUACCUACCUGAGGCACGAGGGACGGGGAGGUGACGCAUUUGUCAACAUGCGUUCAGAUGGUGCCAAUAACUUUGGGUCGAAGCCCUUUCAGCACAAAGCUGCACCAUCUGGCUCCUUGCAGCCUGCUGGAGAUUUUCCAGCAACCAUCAGAAGCAGCGCAGCAACAAGAACUAACUGCAAAAAUCGUCCGAUUGACCUGGUUUUCAUCAUAGACAGCUCCCGUAGUGUGCGCCCUGCUGAGUUUGAAAAGGCCAAAGAGUUCCUGCAGGACAUGGUGGACAGCUUGGUCAUAGGCAGGGAUGCCACCCGUGUCGGCCUUGUUAAUUAUGCAAGCACAGUCAAGAUUGAGUUUCUCCUCAACACCUAUUUUGACAAAUCCUCCAUAAAGCAGGCGCUUGGUCAGGUCGUGCCCCUGGCUUCAGGCACCAUGACAGGCAUGGCCAUCAAGACCGCCAUGGAAAAAGCCUUCAUCAAGGAGGCUGGGGCUCGAACUGCUUCCAUCGACAUUUCUAAGGUGGCUAUUAUAGUCACUGAUGGGAGGCCCCAGGACAAGGUGGAGGAGGUGUCAGCCGCAGCCAGAACAUCUGGGAUAGAGAUCUAUGCAGUUGGAGUUGACAGAGCUGAUAUGACUUCUCUGCAGCUUAUGGCCAGCCAACCACAUGAUGACCAUGUCUUCUAUGUGGAGACCUAUGGUGUGAUCGAGAAGCUCACAUCCAAAUUUAGGGAAACCUUGUGUGGUAAGGAUGAUGAAAAUGGGAGUGCAGGUAUUGAUGAUAACGGACUAGGCCUAAAUGACAGGGAAGACGAUAAUGGAAUGAAAAUUGAGCGUGACAAUAAAGGGAAAAACGGUUUGGAUCCAUGUGCUCAAGGACACAACUGUCAGCAUAUGUGUGUCAACAGUGGGAACUCGUACAGUUGCAAGUGUCACUCAGGCUACGUUUUGAAUCCCGACAAGAAAACAUGCUCAGGUGCAGAUGCUUGUACCCAGGGACAUGACUGCCAGCACAUUUGUGUCAACAGUGGUGACUCGUACAUGUGCCAGUGUCGAAAUGGAUACGUGUUGAACGCAGACAAGAAAACAUGCUCACGUUCUGAUCCAUGUGCCCAUGGGCAUGAUUGCCAGCACAUUUGUGAAAACAGGGAUGGAUCAUAUGUCUGCAGGUGUCGAGUGGGAUAUAUGUUAAAUACAGACCAGAAAACAUGCUUACGCUCAGAUGCUUGUGCUCGGGGACACGACUGCCAGCACAUUUGUGUCAACACUGGAAGCUCAUAUGUCUGCAAGUGUCGGCUGGGAUAUUUGCUCAACAUGGACCAAAAAACAUGCUCACGUUCAGAUGCAUGUGCUCAGGGACAUGACUGCCAGCACGUUUGUAUCAGCAACGGUGAUUCUUACAACUGCAAGUGUCGAGUAGGAUAUAUUCUAAAUUCAGACCAGAAAACAUGUUCACAGGAAAUGAGAAGUGAAAUAACAGAAGAUGCUUGCAUGUGUGAAGCUCAGCUUGUAUUCCAGAAAAAAGUGCAGUCAGCCAUUCAGGAGCUCACCAGGAAACUUGCUGAACUUUCAGACAAAAUAAGCAACAUUGAAGGUGAAUUCCAACAAUGAGAACAAAGAUGGCACUAGAGGAAAAAUGUCAGCACUUUUAUUCCAACCAGUGUACCAGGAUGUCAUUUUAAAUUCCAUAAUGUUGUUUAAAAAUCUGCGUCGUGUUUAAUGCAUACAAAAAUAAAAUAUAAAAAUGCUGUUAUGGUGCUGUUUUUCCUAAAAACUUGCACUGACAUCAACUCUGGAGUUAUUACCCAUGUUAACAAAAAGUCACCUAAACAGGACUGUAAGUGUUUACAUCUGCUUAUAUAACCAAUUAUAAGUUAUAUAAUUCAGCCUGGUCAUGAAAUGGUUCAGGGAGUUCAAGUGUGACUCAAAUUUGGCCCAGUUUUCUUUGCAGCGGUGGUUUUAAUAAGAGAUUAUUUCAAGCUAAAGAGCUUAGUCUUUUCUUAUUGUAUUUUCUUUUCUGUCUUUGCGUUUCUACAUUUGAAUGCUGUAUUUUGGCGCUUUUUGAAAUAGAUAACAUCAAUUAUUUGUAUGUUUUCUAAUGGGAACAGCUGCAAAAAAUAAACUUUAAUGAAACAA